AGGCAGAAGAAGAAGAAAAGAAAAGAAAAUCUAACAGAGGCCACAAGAACUUGUGGCCUGGAAUCGAAACCUCGGUCUGACGUGGCACCUGACUCUGCUUUAAACGGAUCAAAAUCCUAUUCGUCGUGCUCCACUGACACUUCACAUCAAAAACCCAACACAAGUAACGAAGAAGUCACUGCCAUCUCGCAAGUUUCGAUCCCCAGAAGGAAAAUAAAAAUGCACGAAAUUAGAGACCCUGCAAUUCGGCUCUUCGGUCAGAAGAUCCCUUUCCCUGAAGAUGUUGACAAAGAAGAAGAGAGUGCUGAGGAUAGAGAACAAGAGAUGGAAGAACAUGAAGACGAAGGAGACAAGGAUACUAGAGUUGAAAAUGUUACUAAGGAAGAGCUAGAAGCUGAUCCUCCUCUAGAUGCUGAAGAGACUAAGAUUUCAGGCACAUCCCCUGAGGCUAUUGUGAACCCCAAAACACCUUCCAUAGAAGAAGAAACAGCAAAAUCAAAAGGUGGCAAAUCAGAGAAGGAACAAGGCGAUGCAGCCAACUCACAAGAGAAAACCCUGAAGAAGCCUGAUAAAGUGCUACCAUGCCCCCGCUGCAAAAGCAUGGACACUAAAUUCUGUUACUACAACAACUACAAUGUCAACCAGCCGCGUUAUUUCUGCAAAGCCUGUCAAAGAUACUGGACUGCAGGUGGCACCAUGAGGAAUGUUCCUGUGGGGGCAGGACGGCGAAAGAACAAGAACUCUACCUCGCAUUAUCGCCACAUCACUAUCUCCGAGGCCCUUCAAGCAGCAAGAAUUGAUGCUCAAAAUGGAACUCAUCUUCCAACUUUGAAAGGCAAUGGUAGAGUCCUCAGCUUUGGAUUAGAUGCACAUGCACCUAUUUGUGAUUCCAUGGCAUCUCUCAUGAAUCUUGGAGAGAAAAAGGCUCUUAAUGGCACAAGAAAUGGGUUUCAUCAUGGCUUUGAGGAUCAAAGACUCCCCGUUCCUUGCAAAAGUGGGGAAAAUGGUGAUGACUCUUCAACUACAUCCUCCAUUACAAUUUCAAGUCCCAAGGGAGAAAAUAACAAAAGCACCUUCCAACAACAACCAUUGCCCCAAAAUCAUGGUUUCCUUCCUCAAGUUCCAUGCAUUCCUGGUGUUCCUUGGCCCUAUACAUGGAAUUCUCCAGUUCCUCCACCUGCUUUGUGUCCUUCAGGAUUUCCCCUACCAUUCUAUCCUGCUACAUUUUGGAAUUGUGGCAUGCCUGGGAAUUGGAAUGUUCCAUGGUUUUCCUCAAGUUCACCUGCUUCAAACCUCAAGUCUCCAAGCUCCAGUCCCAAUUCUCCAACUUUGGGGAAGCACUCGCGGGACAGUGACAUGAUUAAGCAAGACUCUUUGCACAAAGAAGAAGCUUCAACGCCAAGAAACGGGAGUGUUUUGGUCCCAAAAACGUUGAGAAUUGAUGAUCCAAGUGAGGCUGCAAAGAGUUCUAUAUGGGCAACUCUAGGAAUUAAGAAUGAGUCAGUGAGUGGGGGAGCUAUGUUUAAGGCCUUCCAAUCGAAGAAGGGUGAAAAGAAUCAUGUUGAAGCCUCUCCAAUGUUGAUGGCUAACCCUGCAGCUUUAUCUAGAUCCCUCAAUUUUCAUGAAAACUCCUGAAUUAGUGGCACUGGUGAAAAGUCCUUACAGCAAAGUUAGUCACUUCUUGAGUUAUUUGUCUAGCUAGCAAGAGACGGUGACCAUCUUUGAGUGACAUUGACCUUGUAUAGAAGAAGCGAAAGGGUGGUAGUCUCUGAUUUCCUCGGCACAAGUGAGACGACGAGGACUAAUUCUGUCUUUAAUUUCAUUCGACAAUAUUAAAAUAGAGUAUAUAGGUUUUUUUUCAUGUGCUUAGUUUGAUGAGUGAGUUCAUGUAUAUGUACAUAUAUAAAAAUAUGUGAAAUACUGAUCUUUAGCCUAGAGAGACGGAAAAGAUCUUUUACUUUCUUGUAGUAUAAAAUAAAAAUCCUGACUGUAGAAAAGUAAAUAAUUUUCUUUUGAGUA